UUAAAUUCAAAAGCAAGAUCAAGCCCCCUGCCCCCUUCAAAGUCAAGAAAAUUUCUAACAAGAAAGAUGGGCUCCACCCCCUAUGUCCCUACAAGAAAUCUCCACUGUUUAAAAUCCUGGUAUUUUCUUCCUUUCCUACUAAGAAAGUUUUGCCUAUAAGUAAUUUUUUACAUGGUUAUAUGUUUCAUUAUUAAGCAGGCACCAGGGAGCUUUGAGACGGUGGGCGUUUUAAAGAAGUGGGGGCUAAAACCUUUUAAAAAGAGGCUUUCCUGGUAGUUUAUUACUUAAUAUUUGACAUUUUUAGCAGUCCCCCUGCCCCCCCCCUGCUACGCGGUGUCUGUUAAGUUGGGUAUUCCAAGAUUAGCUUUGUUUUGAAGACAUAUUUCCUUGCUUUCAAAUAAGAAAACAUUUAUUUCCUUUGGAUUUAAAUUUUCUUAUGCAUGCAAUCAUGGUUUGACCAUCGCUAAACCAUGGCUCAACCAACAAGCAACUGCCAUUUUUAAGCGCGCUUUUUCAAACACAAGAUGGCCGUUUGGAUUGCAGUUCGAUCAUCUAUCAGUGCGUUCAACUUUGCGAUUCAUGUACGCAGCAAAAACAAGAUAAUUUUUUAAAAGGUUUGUGCAGUUAGGGAGUUUGUUGAUUAUGUUGAAAGCUUCAUCGUAAAGAACUGCUAGGUAACAAAGCGUAUUUAAUGUUAGGCCCGGACAGAUCUAGAAGACUUGGGACCCUUUUUCUGACCGAAAGUAUUGUUGCGAGUGAUGCAAGAUUUCGAAAUAAGAACGUUUUUGUGGAGCGAUUUGAUUAUGGAUAACGUUUGAUCCCGAUAAAAAGAUAUAUACGGAUAGAUCGCGUUUACACGGUGCCGUACAACUUUUGAUAAGGAAAGACUUCCCGUUCAUUACAAGUACGGCCCUUUCGUAGUCAUAGGGAAAUUGAGAAUGAAAAGUGACUAUCAUUAAUGAUAUCAGAACUUUUGAUUAAUGCAUCGCAUGGCGAUAUACUUUACGUCAAAUGAAAGCAUAUAAAUUUCUGCAUCAGAAAAUACAAUUUAAUCAAUGACGGGUUUUCUUAUGAAUUUGAUUGACUGAUAUUUUGUUUGAAAUCUUUGCUAAAAUUUGAAUAUUUUCAUAUUUUCUCGUCUCGCUGCAACCAGAGUAGUAAGGGCAGGGUGUCCGAAAAGGCCUCUUUUUGAAGCCAUUCUAUCAACAACCUCGUAGCCAAAUUUCUGACAGUUUAUUUUCAAAAUGGCGUCCGAUAGCGAAGACGAAGUGAUUGACUUUGUUGUUGACGAAUCUACAGAUUUUGAGGAAACUGCGGCGCAAUAUAGUAAUUUGAAGGUAGAAGAGUUGAAAGAGUUGUGUAAAAGCCGUGGAUUAACCUGCACAGGAAGAAAGCAAGACCUUGUAGAGCGUCUAGAAGAUUUUGAUGAGAGUGGACCCAUUUGGGAUGAGAUUGAACGUCCGAUUCAUAUCCCGACUUUUAGAAAAAAGUCUGGACCAACAGUUAUACUCGAAGAAGGUGCCGCUGCUGUUAAAUAUUUUGAGUUACUAUUCACGCCAGAACUUUUGGAACAGUUAGUUUCUGAAACAAACAGGUAUGCAGCCCAAAGACUUGAGCACCCUUUCACCUCACCAUCUUCGAAAGAUAGAUGGGAACCUGUCACAGUUGUGGAGUUAAAAGCAUUUCUCGGGUGCCUUAUAUUUAUGGGCCUAUGUUCUCUUGGAGAGCUCAAAGAUUAUUGGUCUGAAGAGCUGGGGCAAGAAAGAAUAAAAACUGUUUUCAGUUACCAUCGUUUUAGAGACAUAUUCAGGUUUCUACAUUGUAAUGAUAACAGUGCUGCGUUGCCAAAAGGUCAUGAAAGUCAUGAUAAAUUGCAAAAAGUGAGGCCUAUUAUGAACUUGCUGCAGCAAUCAUUCCAAAGAUGUUGGGUGCCCCAUCAACAGAACAGUAUUGAUGAGGGCAUGAUUUCCUUCACUGGAAGGAGUCCUUUGAAACAGUAUAUGAAGGACAAGCCCAAUAAAUGGGGCUUCAAGAUGUGGAAGCUUGUAGAUUCCAUUUCUGGAUACCUAUAUGCUUUUGAUAUUUACACGGGUAAAGGGGAGGAAAGAGAGGUUGGUCUUGGAGAGCAUGUCGUUUUACAAAUGGCAGAACAUUUGCAACUUGGCCAGCCAUGGAUGCUUUUUUUUGAUAACUUCUUUUCCUCCAUUCCACUUAUCGACAAGUUGUAUGAAAGGGGCAUAUAUGCUACAGCAACAAUUCGCUCAUAUAGAACUGGGGUCCCAGUUGAAAUCAAAGAGGCAAAGCUUCAACCUGGUGAAAUGGUUUGGAGGAUGAAAGACCCCCAGACGGUCAUCACCAAAUGGAAGGACACAAAAGAUGUGAUUCUGAUCAGCAGUAUGUGUAGGGCCACACCAGGUGACACAGAUGUUGUCAAGAAGUCCCAAAGAGGCACUGCUGAAAAAAUUGUGCGUCAAUGUCCACCUUGCAUUACAGCAUACCGGUCAAAUAUGGGAGGUGUUGACACAAAUGAUCAACUGAUAGCUUACAACAGUAUGUCAAGAAAAUCCUACAGGUGGUGGCUCCCAAUUUCUUUUGAUAUGCUAAAAGAAGCUGUGGUAAAUGCCUGGAUUAUUCAGAAAAAUCAGCCAAAUGCCAUGAAAAUUGGGCAAAAGGAGUUCCGCGUCGAACUUUUUCAAGGACUGAUAGGAUCAUUCAAAUCCAGAAAGAGAGAGAUUGGCCAGCAGCCUAACCCAUCAAAAAGAUUUGAUGGUGUUCAGCACUUUGUUAUUAGUUCUAGCAAAAGAGGCUGCUGCAAAAAUGAAUGUGGAAAGAAAGUACAAUACCGGUGCUGCAAAUGUUACAUUUUCUUUGUAUAGACUGUUUUGACCUUUUACUUGAAUUUUCAUAAUGUUUUUGGUCACGACAUUGAUUUUAUUAUGACAUUAGAAAACUUUCAUUAGGAAUUUGACCGUGAUUGAUAGCUAAGGGGGUAAAGUUUCACCUGGAACGAUUAUUGUUGUGAAACCCCUUACAAGUUCAUACUUGAAUUCUCUGUAAAAAUUAGAACACAAGCAGAAACAAUAUGAAAGAUUGUAUCCGGAAGUGACUUGCGAGCUUUAUGCACUUCAAUGCACGAUUAUGAUGCCCUGGAAGCAGGCCUGGCUUCAGGAAAUUUUUUUGGGAGGGUGCAAGUGUUUAUCUACCAAAUACAUUUUGGCAUUAUUACACUCCGUUAAUGCGACUGGUGCAUUGUGCUUCACUUUCAGAGAUGGGGCCACAAAACUGAGCCAGGGGGGUUAAGAAUAAAGUUCAGUGACAUAGUAGGACCCGCCAUGGUUGGGUCCGACGCGAAAUAAAUUUUUUGAAAUUAAGCCUUCUAGGAUGGCUAGAAAUGCAUCUCCCAGACUAAAAUUGUCUCUGGUUUUGUCAAAUAUCUUGGGAUUAAUCUUCUUCUGUGAUGUUCCUGAAAAUUCUCUUCUGGAUCAAGGGAAAAACUGAACUCCAGAACUUUUUAAUAUCUUUGAAUGUUUUUAAAAAUUACAUGAAGUACAAUUUUCUACAAAAAAGUUUAUCUACCCAUCAAAAUCCCAAUUUUACUGACUAAAAUCCCAAUUUGGAAUCCCCCCCACACACCCCCAUGGAACCGGCCCUGCCUGGAAGCCCCAUUCUACAGAUUGUGAGAGGCUAGUAUUUGCAUACAGUCUCAUGAAAACAAGUUCAAGAACUGCAUGUUAAGCCUGAGCUUUGCCAAACUUUACGCACACUUUUCAUCCUAGAUAAGAUGCCUUUUUUAAAAAUUGAUCAGGAACCUUGAAGUGCUCUAAUCAGCAACAAAUAAAAAUAUGAUAUCAAGCAAAGUGAGCUUUCUUGUGAAAAGCAAAGCUUUGCAUUAAAAUUUACUUUGUAAGAACCUUGAUGAGCUCAAAGAGAGAUUCUCUUUGAGAGUGCUUACAGCAGGAGUUCAUGAAGUGCAGAAGCAAGAGGAAUCUUAAAGAAGAAAAAAAGCAAAAGUGAACCAUGGCUUGAUCAUGGUUGGUUGAUAUGUUUGAACCAUGGUUUGAUCAUGGUCAAGAGACAUGGUUGAAUCAUGGUUUGAUCAUGGCCAAGAAACAUGGUUGAAUCAUGGUUCGAUCAUGGUCAAGUGACAUGGUUGAACCAUGUUUGAACCAUGUUUCAAACCAAGUUUACAAGCAUUAUGCAAUUCCUGUAAAAAUUCAAAUUUGUAUUUUCAAAAAUUCAAAUGUUUAUAUGGUUGAACCCUGAUUUGACCUAAAUUGGUAAAAUGAUUAGAUGACAUGGUCUAACCAUGGAAAAACAUGGUUGAAACACAUUUGUUGAGCAUGGUUAAGCCAUGGUUCAACAAUGAACAGAUAACCAUGUAUUGGCUAUGGUCUGACCAUGGUUUAAACUGAAAUCAUAAAAAGAACUGAAAAUUUCAAAAUUGUUUAAAAUAAUCCUGAACAUUUCAGCUUUCAAUAUUGCUCAAGCAAAUUUAUGAAAAAGUAAACAUUUUGAAAUUUUAGACAUGGUUCAGCAAUGGGUCCCAUUGGAAAUUCGUGGUUCUACCAUGGUUAACCAUGGUCAUUUCGUUGCUCAACCAUGGUGGGAAAUGGUUGAAAACCAUGGUGUAACCAUGGUGUCACCAUUGUCAGCCAUGGUUGAGCAAUUGUUUUUUCGCAGGGCAAUGGCUCAUUUGCAAAGAUUUUGCAAUUGGAAUUUUUUAGAUUGGGUGGGCUUUGAUAUGAUAGUGAUGUCAUAGUUUUAAAUUUUAAGGAAUUUCAAGGAUUCACAUUAGCAAUGCUAGUGUGAAUCUCACAACUGCUUAACUUUGCUUAAAUUCACUUUUUCCACCCCAUUGCUUUGACAUUUCACUUUAAUGCAAUCAGUUUAUAGUAUAUCAAAACUGAUUAUUCUAAAUUGAUAUUUGGGUUUGAAUUUUGUUUAAGACAGAUUAGAAUUGCACAUUUUAAUAUCUUCAUUUAGCGUAAUAUAGAACCCACCAUACCAGCAACAGAUUGGCACAGUCAAGCGCCAUUUUGCUAUGAUUUUUAUUUCACUUUUCUUAAUUGCCUAGCAUGAAUAAUAAAACAGUGAUUUUAAGCAUCCUUUUCUGACUUUUUGAUAUUCAGUCAGUUUGACGACAAUAGUUUGACCUAACCAACAGUUACUCUCUACGUCUCAGAAAUAAUUAUAUAUUUUUAAAAUAUUUUUUAUAGUCUUUUGGUAUAAAUUUUCCCUUACCUUCCAGGUGGUUGAAAACGGAGAAAGUUGUGGGGAGAAAGAGAAGGUAUGUUCGCAAUCCUGUGUACUAUUUUGCAUGAAAAGAGAUCAAAUUGUUCAUUUUGUUAAUAUCCUUCUUAGUCAGGCUAGAAUGUACGUCAGUCGUAACUGGAUGUACUGCUUGAGUUAAUUUUAGGCUGGACUUUACUUUGUUUGCAAUUUGUUUGCAAUUUACUUUAAUAAGAGAGUUAAUAUUAUCUUUCACUUGAUUGAAACUCAUUGGGUUUAUGAAGUCAUUUCUAAAAAUUAUCAAGCAAUUCCCAAAUCAAUUACGGUUCAUUAACUAAAAUUUCAUAUCUAGUUAGUUUUGCGUAAAAAAUUAUAAAUUGCAGACCUUUCCCUGCUUAGUAUUUUCAAUAUGCUAAAUUUUCUGAUCAUUUGAAUGAACAUUUGAAAUUACUUGUACUGAAUGUAAUGUGCAAUUUGACUUAACACAGAUGCAGCCCCUUUCCCCAUAUGUAACCCCCUUCCACCUUAUUAUGUAACCCUUUUCCCCAUAAGGUACAUAGGCAGAAGAAAAUUUUAUCCUUUUAUGUUGUAUUGGAAUGAGUAUAAUAAUUAUUGGACCAUUAAGAAUUUAUUCAUAAUUUAUUAUUACAAGUUAUACUAUAUUGCCCCUCCACAUAAGGUGUACACAAUUUGCAAUUUUUAUACAAUGCUAAAUAUACAUUGUUGUUGUUUUAUCAUUUUAAGGCAAUUUAUUCAUAUUAUUCUAGUAUUUCCAUAUUGUAUUUGCAGAUGUGUUCCACUUGGCUUAAUAUUUCUUGUCUUGUUUGUUUUGCUUAAACUGUUCUUAUAUUUGUUGUUAUUUUAUAUUGAACUUGUUCCAGUUUAUUCUUUGGUUCAUUUACAAUAAACAGUUGGUGAGUUUACAAAUUACAAAUUAUACGGAAUAUAAUAUUUUGAUAUGAUUUCCCCCUAUCUAUUGAAUAUCACUUCAUACAGAAGUAUAUAUGAAUUACAUAACAUAGUGGUAAUUGCAACAAAUGGACUUACUUAAUGCAAUCAUAGUUUAAUAUCAAAAUUGUAUAUAGCAUUACUGUACCAUUCCAAAGAAGGGUUUUGAAAUAGAUCUUU